AUGGUUAUCAUUGACCCAAGCAGCCGCCGAUUGCGUCAACAGAGUGAUCCGUCCCGGGCUUCUGCACCCGCUCCGACUCAAAGAGCCGACGCCUCGAGAAAUCCGCUACGACGUCGCGAUCCGACGCUUGUGGCCGCCCAUCGCGUGUACGAUCCAGUAUCUGGUCUCGUGUGUGCAUUGGUGGAAGACUGUGUGGCCUGUUCCGAGACGGAAAAGGAGGAACAUUAUUGUCGCGAAACUGGAUACCGCCAGGGAGCUCAAGUGUCCUCGCCCUUGGAAUGCCACGACCCCGUCGCUCUAUAA